UGCGAGCUUGCUUCAUCAUCUUCUACACAAUUCCGAGAGAAACGACGAGUACAAAAGCGUCAAAGCGUCACUUUGGGGUUUCUACUGAGGAAAUCAAAAUCAGAUUUUGGAGAAGACGAAUCUGAAGAAGAAGAAGAAGAAGACUGUAAUGGCGGAUUCAAACUGAUCUCAGAGACUCGAAAGGUUGAGAAAGAUCGAGCAUUCUGGUUAACUUAGCAAGAUGUCUGACAUUUCCAUUGACGCAUUGGGCCAAGCAAUGGGUGACUUUAGUAAUCAUGAGAAACAUGGAUUUGAUUUAGGAGCAUUUGUUGGGGACUUGGCUUUUGAAGAAGAUUCAGGCAGUGAGGAUAUAUCAUUGGAAGGUCUUCAACAAGAACUAGAAGAAUGUCAAAGUGAUGAGGUUGUUUCCAAUAUACUAUCCAGUGGUGCCAAACUUAGAGACUAUGCAAAAGGUGUAGAGAACAAUCUACGGAAGGUUGAAUUGGAUUCAAUUGAGGAUUACAUAAAAGAAAGUGAUAAUCUACUCUCACUUCACGAUCAGAUUCGUGACUGUGACAGCAUCCUCUCACAAAUGGAAACUCUCCUCAGUGGAUUUCAGGAAGAGAUUGGUUCUAUAAGUUCAGACAUAAAGAUUCUCCAAGAAAAAUCAAUGGACAUGGGUUUGAGAUUGAAAAACCGCAGGGUGGCUGAAUCAAAACUAGCAAAAUUCGUUGAAGACAUCAUAGUGCCACCAAAGAUGAUCGAUGUAAUUGUUGAUGGAGAGGUUAAUGAAGAGUAUAUGAAAACGCUUGAAAUUCUGAGUAAGAAGCUGAAAUUUGUAGAAGCAGAUCAAGCAGUUAAAAGCUCAAAAGCUUUAAAAGAUGUAGAGCCUGAGCUCGAAAAGCUCCGGCAAAAAGCUAUUUCCAAGGUGUAUGAUUUUAUUGUCCAGAAGCUUAUAGCCCUUAGGAAACCCAAAACCAACAUUCAAAUUCUUCAACAGAGUGUGUUAUUAAAGUACAAGUAUAUUAUCUCCUUCCUCAAAGAACAUGGAAAAGAAGUGUUUAUGGAUGUCCGUGCUGCAUAUAUUGAUACCAUGAACAAGGUGUUAAGUGCACAUUUUCGUGCUUAUAUUCAAGCCCUUGAGAAGCUACAGUUAGAUAUAGCCACAGCAUAUGACUUGAUUGGGGUGGAGACUAGAACCACCGGCCUCUUCUCCAGAGCAAGGGAGCCACUAAAGAACCGUUCUGCCGUUUUUGCUUUGGGUGAGAGGAUAAAAAUUAUAAAGGAAAUUGAUCAACCUGCUUUGAUCCCUCACAUAGCCGAAGCCAGCUCGCUCAAAUAUCCUUAUGAAGUGCUCUUCAGGAGCUUGCACAAGCUACUUAUGGAUACAGCUACUUCUGAAUAUAUAUUUUGUGAUGAUUUCUUUGGUGAAGAGUCCAUAUUCUAUGAAAUCUUUGCAGGUCCAUUCUCUGUCAUUGAUGAGCACUUCAAUCCUGUUCUUUCAAACUGUUUUGAUGCUAUCGGCCUGAUGCUUAUGAUUCGCAUAAUACACCACCACCAGCUUAUAAUGUCUCGGCGGAGGAUUCCAUGCCUGGAUUCAUAUCUGGACAAGGUUAAUAUUUCAUUGUGGCCUCGUUUCAAGAUGGUGUUUGACUCACACCUCAGCAGUCUGCGAGAUGCAAACAUUAAGACAUUAUGGGAAGAUGAUGUUCAUCCACACUAUGUGAUGAGGCGUUAUGCUGAAUUCACGGCUUCGUUUAUUCACCUGAAUGUCGAAUAUGGAGAUGGGCAGCUUGAUAUAAAUCUGGAGCGGUUAAGAAUGGCUGUAGAUGGCUUGAUUCUCAAGCUUGCGAAGUUGUUCCCAAGGCCAAAGCAGCAAAUUGUGUUUCUCAUAAACAACUACGAUAUGACAAUUGCUGUGCUGAAGGAAGCGGGACCAGAUGGUGGGAAAAUUCAAAUGCAUUUUGAGGAAUUGCUAAAGAGCAACACUUCGUUAUUUGUGGAAGAACUGCUGGUGGAACAUUUCAGUGAUUUGAUAAAAUUUGUGAAAAGUCGAGCUUCAGCUGAGGAUUCAAGUUCAAAUCCAGAGAGGUCCAUAACAAUUGCUGAAGUAGAGCCACUGGUGAGGGACUUUGGAAGCAGAUGGAAGACAGCGAUUGAGUUGAUGGACAAAGAUAUCAUAACUUCGUUCAGUAACUUCUUGUGCGGUAUGGAUAUCUUGAGAGCUGCAUUGACACAACUAUUACUCUAUUACACAAGACUCACAGACUGCAUCAAGAAGAUAGAUGGUGGAUCUGCUCUGAACAGGGAUCUUGUCUCCAUUCAAUCUAUCAUGUACGAGAUCAGGAAAUACUCCAAGACUUUUUGAAAAAAAAUAACAUAUGUGGCUGAAUAUGAAGAGUAUUGUAAGAUAAGUCAAUCUUUCUAAGCUAGUGAAUCUAAAGCGCCAGUAUUAUUGUGUUAUGUGAUAUAGCUUUCAAACCAGUUAAAGAGUUCCUGUAAUGUCUUUUGAUACUGUUGUCCCACUUUACGGUAUUUUCAGUGUAUGGAAAACUUUCAUGGGAAUGUCUAUCCACAAUUCACUAUU